AUGUAUGGUGUGUGCUGCAGACUGGAAGGCACCGUGGAUUCUAUACCACAGGGCCUAUUAGACGGCCGCCCUGCCAGUUCAGUGCUUCUCACUCAUCACCAGUAUCAACAAUUACAACACAUACAAGCACAACAAGAACAAGCUGCUGCAGGAGGAUUAACAUUAACACUUCAUCAUCAAACUACAGGUACAGGAAAUAAUGGCGUACUCACAGGAGGACCUCAACUAGUUCUUGCAAGUUCGCAGGGACAAGGAAUAACCACUUUUCCAACUGUAACCACUCAACAAGGUACAACAUUACAUCACCAUACGAGUUUUCAACAAGUGCUGCAUCAACAUGUUCAGCACUCAAACAUUCUUCACUCAACAAGCAUACGACAGAUGGGUGCCCAACAGCACACAUCUGGUACAAUGGUUCAACAACAACAGGCUACGGCAAUAUUGGAUACCACAAACACAAAAUGUAUACCUCAAUCACCUUCAUCACCAUUCUCUUCUCGAUCACUUACUCCCUCUCCUCAGCAGAGGGUUAUUACACCCCAACCACAAGUUAUCCAUCAGGUGAUGAGUGCUAAUGGGCCGGUUUUACAAUUUAUUCAAUCAAAUAGUCGAAAUAAUGUAAAUAAUGUUCAAGUAAAAAAUAAACCGCCCCAAAUAUUACCUAAACCUAAUAAUCAUAUACAGAACCAUGCUAGUAUUAACAGCAUUAAGUCACAACAAACACAUCAUUCAACCUCUAUACAUAGUCAACAACAAGGUGCUUUCUUGAUAAAUCAAAUUAUGCCAACUGCUGGUGUAAUAGUCGGUCCUCAAACAACUAGUGGCCUUCAGCUUUUUCUCAGAUCCCCCAAUACUCAAAACCAUAAUACCCAACAAGCUCAAGUCACUUGCAAUGGUACUCAAAUUUUACUUCAACAACAACCUAGACAACAGUCGAACCAGGUUGUGAGGUUAGUAAGUGGCCAAAGUGUUCAAUUACAGCAAAUCCAAACAUGUUCUGGUCCAGCUUUAGUUGCACUAUCGCCUCAAUCCACUAUCACACAGUCAUCAAAUAAUAGGUCCAUGAAUAUUAAAAAAAAGAAACCAAAAAUGCAUUCAAGGCCACACGAUGAUGAACCUGUACGAUUAGACCUUGCAAAUCUAAUCAAACUAUCUGGAAUUGAUGAAGAAGAAUCUGGUACACCUACAAUGCAACAAAAUCAAUUAAAUCAAAAUAAUAGAAUACAGCAAACUCCAACCCCCCCUCCACAAUCUCAUCAACAAUCUGCACCUUUAUUAGCUCAAUUGCAAACGCCUACUUCUUCAUCUCAAGGAGGUUUUCGUUUGUCUUUAGUAGAAGAUGGGCGUAUGAUUGUACAUCAACCACAGAUGACCACUAAUACACUAACUCAGAAUGUUUCUGCAAGUGUUGCUGCUGCAGCUCAAUCACAGUUAGCUCAGUUAGUUGCUGAUCAUGGUGGUCACAUUCUUCAAAAUGCUGUUCUGAGUGUGGCUGGUUCCGAAUCAUUACUUCUCAAAGGAGGCAAUGCAACGUUACCCACCCAACCACAAAAUGGUUCUGGCAUGCGUAUUUUGGCGGAUGUUUCUGGUCGUCUUCAAAUUGUAACUGUAUUAGAACCCCAAUCAUUACAACAAAAUAUUAUUAAUGGCCAACAUUUGAUGUUCCCCACUGCUGGUACUCCUGUAAGUGUUGAAAAUCGACAAAAUCAUCAGCAAUUUGUCAUGUCAACACCAGUAGAAGAUCAACAAAAUAAAGUAAUGCAGCAAAAUAAUAGUAUUCGAGUAAUGCAUAGCAGUAGUACAAUGGUGUCAAGCUUAGACCAUCAACAAAAUAGUAGCAUUCAACUUGUUUCUAACAUGAUGGAUAGUCGGCUGUUAGUAGCACCUAAUAAUGAUUCUUCAAGAAAUAAUGAUAUUUUAUUUAAUGAAGAACAAAACCGAUUGCAAAUAGUAACUAAUUCUUCUACAAUGAAUAAAAAUGUAGAGUUACAAAAUCAAUCGCCAAUAAUUCAUACUUCAGAAAGAGUGAUGCAAACUUCAAUAUCAAGGUCUAAAACCGUACCAGUAUCUUCACAUAGUCCUAGAAAUAUUCAAUCUGUGAUAAGUCCUCAAUGUAGUCCAGCUAUGUCUCAUAGCUCUAGAAGCAAUUCAAAGAGCCCUGCCUCCUAUAAUUCUCCUAUACCAUCCCCAAAUGUUUCUCAGUCAUUUACUCCAAUGUUGCCAAAUCGGCCAAAUUUAACAAUUGUAACGUCACCCCAACAAAGCAACAUGCAGUUUUCAAAACCAUGUGCUGCCGUUAUAUCACAAUCAAAUGAUAAUCACAUGACAUUGUCUAAUUACCAAACAUCUGUAAUUAAUAGAACAAAUAACAGAAGUCCAUUAGCGGUUCCAUCAAAAAUAUUUAGGCCAAGUAGUCCACCUAAAGCUUCUGUUCCACUAGAAGUUCAAUCUCAAAAUGCGUUUUUAGAUAGUAUUGCCCAAUCUCAUCCAAAUAUAUUGAUCAAUAAGACUAUGGUUGUCCCACCAUGUGCAAAUAAAGCACCGAUUAAACCAAGAAAAGUAAAAAGAGCUGCUGUUGUGAAACCAAUGGUAUUUCAAUGUGAUGAAAAAGAGAAAGAACACCAUGAUACACCAGUUCCAUUGAAUUCCCCAGAAAGUAGUAUUUCAAAUCAAAGGGUAAAAACCAUACAACUUACACCACAAAAACAACAGUUGUUAAAAGCAGUUCAAAAUCAAAUAUCUGCUUUGAGCGCAAAAAAAUACCGCACAAGUAGUGAGCAAACUGCUUUACAAAGAUUGUUUAAUGAGCAACAGAAAAUUUUACAAUGUGGCAAAAUUGUUCCUACUGUUUCUGGGCAAAAUUCACAAGGAAUUACCUAUGUAUCUACACCUGUAAGAUUGGUGCCUCCACCUUGUCAAAUGGCUUCAAGUCCACCUCAUACCUUGUCACCUCCUCUUACAGUGCAAACCUCAACUAUUGCAUCUCCUCCAACUAGUAAUAAAUCAACAUCUCCCUUACAUGUACAAGUCGGAACUCAAACGUCUUGUGAACCUUCACCAACUCUUCCUGCAUUCAGUGCUUCAAAACGAAUAUCGUUAAUUUCUGAGAGGAUAGCAGCUGAUCAAUCAGGUGCGACUAAUCCAGAUGUCAUCACACCAUUUAGUUCGGCAAGUGAUGCUGUAAAAAGAUUAUCACGAUAUCAUUGUUUAAAUGAAGCAGUGUUAUCAGAAAGAGAUUUGGAGUUGGCUGAUGAAAUUUUUGAGUCGACUGCCAAACAAAUGUUAGAUAAAAAAGCAUCAUUGUUUAACAAAUACCGUUACCUAUUAUUUAAAGAAAGCAUGAGGGAAGUGCAAACAUCUGAAUUGAUCAUGUUGGGUCGAAAAUUUGACGCUGAUGAGUCUGCACAAUUACAACAGUUAAAACAAAAUUUGAACACAAAUUCAGUUAAUUCAACGAGUUGUAGUGAAGAACCUAUGUCUAAAAAACGUGAACACCAACUGGAGGAUGAACAGUCUACAUCAGAAAACAAACGGCAUUGCCCUGAUGAUGAAGAAAUCAAUGCACAGGUGCAAAAUGCCAUAGACAGUAUUUUGAAUUUGCAACGCAGCGAUCCGGCAACGGAUGAAGCGGUGCGCAGCAUUUUACCGUCCUAG